UACCCUGAACCCUCCUUCUGCUUUUCCCCAGCCCGGUUUCUGCGUUUCUCUGUUUCCAGAUGAAGCUGGCAGGGUCGCUGUUAGGCAGAGCGCUUCCUGCACUGCUGGUGUCGUGCCUUCUCCUGUUCGUGUGCUGCUUGUCUCUGCAACUGUGUAUUAAUGAAUGCUUGUGCACAGGGAACUUGUCAGCCUCGGGGGAGGAUGCUCUGGCCUUCCGAGCAGGAUUACCAUUGCAAUUCCAAGGGACUUCUGUCAGGCUGAAAGUGUUGCUUUUCUAAUGGACUGGAAGGCAGGCUCUUGCUCAGAUCUUGGGGAUUUGAGCUUUGAAAGAACUCUUUUCAGGCCGUUUCUUGCAUAAACAGCUCUGUAAAGUGAGCUGGCCCUCUGAGCCUGCAGAUAGGCAGCAGUAUCAAAGGCUUUAAGUCUCUGUGGUCUUUACAGUAGCUUCAAGAGCUUUGUCAGUGAGCUGAGAUAGAGAUGUUGUCAGUGUUUUAAAGCUGGGGAGUUUGCUAAUGCAGUUGAUGGGUAUCCCCUUUCAGUGUGCAUCUCACUGUGGAGAUGUCCUGUGUACCCCCAGCUUGCGGGUUCAGGUGAAUUUGAAGAGAAGUGUCUGUCUGUCAGUAAUGUGGGGGAGGUCCUCAUGUGUUAUCCCUCCUGGGCUGUUUUCCUCUUGAAACGUUAGUUUCAUUUAUUGCUUUUCUUGUCAUGGAAGAGACCUUUCCCUUCUUGUUUGUUGGAGAAAUUGAAGCUGUGGCUCCAGCUGGGUGCCCUGUAUUGUGCAGUUGUAUUCUGUAUGCCUUGUAUUCUGUAGCUCUGUGCUGCUUGUUGAGCAGGAAAGCCUGGAGGGUGAGGUGCUGCUGUGGAACAGUUCCUACCCAGCGCUCCUGGUCCAUGAAAGCCAGCACAGGAGGUGCUGUGUGGUUUAAUUUCAUUGCUUUUACAUUGUAGGCAAAGCUCUUGAGGGCAGGUGUUGCGUCAAGAGUUUCAAAGCACAGUUCCCUUUGUGGAUGUGGCUUUUCUGUGCCUGUGCGUGCAGAGUUCUGGAGAGAUGAUCCUUCCCCUUCCCAUGCCAAGUCAAUAGGACACUAAGAAAAUAUUCCUAGGAUCUUCUCACUUGAUGUCCUUCCUGCCUCUUUCUUUGGCAUCAGGUUUGAGCUGUUCCACUACAGUAAUUCUAAUCAAUCUGGCUGGAAAGAAUGAUGAAUCAGAAAUAAAAGGUAGAGAGAAGUGCAAGAGGCAACCAAGGGAAUCAAAAGGCUUCUGUCUGAGUAAUGACAAAAUAAACCAUGGAAGAUCUGGCUGGAAGGGAAUAUUGUAUUGAUCACUUUGCAUACUACUUUUGAGGGUUUAGAGUGAGAAUUCAUCUGGUUUUCAUCUUGAAAGAAAAAGAGCAUCUGCUAAAACCAUCAGACAGGAGAUUCACAUCUUCACAUGGACACACACAUCUCCUGACAAAAGGACAGUUUUGUGCUGCCUGUGGAGAUGUGUUAGAGCCAAUGUACCUCACCCCAGUCACACUGGGCACAGCAGUGGGUGAAAUGGACCGUCCCUCUGUAAUGACAAUUUCACUGUCAACUCACAGGGUGAGUGACUUACCUCUUUAUUUUUCACUGGGCAGUUUCAUGUUUUGGUCUGUGACAGAGUAUCUCUCCAUUCCCACUGAGCAGAGGCAUCUCUUCUUGUUGGAAAUACACGAGGAAUAAUUCAGGGAAUCGCAGGAGGAAUGUCCUUCAGGACCGCGGCGCUUUUACUCUGCCCCCUUCUGUGUUGGGCGAGUUGUUUGCAAACUAAGAUUCCAAAGUCAGCAAUUACAAAAUGGAUCAUCUUUUAUCAGGACUUGGGAAUCUGAGAGUUGUUUUGCCAUACAGCGAUGUUGCCAUUCUAGAUCAUUAACUGCAUCAUGCAGAGGUGCAGGCCAGUGAAGCUGGUGGAGGGAAGGGGAAGUGGAAUCUGCUCUGCCAUCCUGGACUUUUAUCCUUGGUGCCCACUUCAGGCAGAUGCUCUCUUCAGAGUCCUUUUUGAGUCACUGUCAAGAGCUGCUUUGAACUUCCCUCAGGUGCAGGAGGAUCACUGGCUGCAGGAUCCCCAGGCUCACUCUGCCUGUGUUCAGUGACCAGUCUUGUGCCAUGUCUGGGAAUUUCAUCCUGCUGGGGCUUGCCCUGAUCCAUGGAGAUCUGUAUCUACUAUCAGCAUCUCUAUCUACUGACAGUAUCAUUGGGCAGAGUUUUAUUGCAAAACUUGACCUUGUUUGACUUGACUGAGAGGUUGCAAGAAGCUGAUGAGAGCGGCCAGCGUGGCUCAGGGCAGGGUGUGACAGCUCUGCUGGAUUUGGGGGUGGUUAUUGGUAACAGGCAGGAUCUGCACCACAGACCUGCUCACCUGAUGUAACCUGGAGCUCCUCCACAGCUCUCAGGCCCUUUAGGAUGGAAACUUAGAGGAGGCACCAUUCAAACCUGGAUGCUCAGUUUCGUUGUGCUGCUGGCUGAGCGUUACAAACUGAAUGACUUUAACCUUCCACUUUGAUUUUCCUAAGGAAUCUUCUGUUUACAGGAUCUUAAAUUACAAUGCUGUGUUAUCCCAGCUUGCCUGACCUGCUUGCCAUCCCUCUUCCCUUCUCCUUUUCCAUCUUGCUCUGUUCUUUUGUUCUUUCAGAGAACGAGCCUCACAGAAAGCAGUGCAGGGAGGCAGCAAACAGGGAACAAAUCUGCAUUCACAGAUUUCUAAUGAAUUUCUGCAGCUGGGUCUGAAACUGGCAGAGCUUUCUGGGGAAACACAGAUAGCAGAGAGCCCUGCAAAUAGCCAGGUUGUGAAAGCAUGAAAAAUGGAAACAACAGCCCUGGAUGUCAAUGCUUGUUGUGCUUCUGAGGUUUCAUUAUAGCCUGAUGUAAAAGCAGCUGGUUUUGCCAUAAUUUGCUGCAUUUUGCUGGGUCUAAGAAUAAACACAGAGACUAAAUUAUUUGUGACUGAUGCUUUAAUGUCCUUGGAGUUCAGUGGUCAGGGAGCUGAACUGAGUGUUUGUGAUAGCUCAGUCAUUUCUGAUUUAUCAGCAAAUUUAGGUCAUUUUGAAAGUGGGAGUUUAAACAGUAGUUGAUAACAGCAACACUCUGGACCUACUCUGCUUUUGAGUGUUAAUUGGAUGCCAGAUUGCUGACAUAGGUGUGAUCAGAUUAGUUCUGUGGGUGGAACAGCAAAAAUGCUUCGUCAGGAUUUUAUACUUAUGGUGGCUAAUGUGUUGUUUUGUCCUACUGUCAGCUUAGCUGCUGUUGUCACUUCAAGGAAUAUAAAUAUUUUUAUAAAAACCCCUCUGCUAAUAAACAGAAAUUGUUGAGAUGGAUGAAAUAAAAAGUCUCAGUUUAAAUUUUGAACCUAAUUUGGAACAAGCUGGGCACAUGUAAGCAGGAAGCUCUAUCAAAGAUGAGUAGCUGUGACCUUUCAGAGGUGAACAGCAGACUGGGAUGUGCUGCUGGAGGCUCAAAAUGAGCAUAUUCUAAGCCUGAACUUCAUUUAAAAGUCAGCUGGAAUGUUAAGGCUGCAGUCUCCUCCCCAGGUUGCUUCAGCAGAUUUCUCUCAUAUUCUUGACUGCAGGUGAAUUACAUGUGUCCACUAUUAAGUGUUUUAUAGCUGCCUGUGGACAAUCCCAGGCAGAUAAAUUAAGCAGAAGAAGUAAGCUGUAUGCCUGGCAGGAAACUCAGAGAUCAGAACAUCCAAGUCCUUGUAUCCUGUGCACUCCUGUGAGUGGGUCUGGGUCAGGCAAUCCGAGACACUUCCAACACCAAGGUCAUUUGACCUCUUCAAUUUAGACAGUCCAGAAGCUUUAAAGGGAUCUUUGCUCUCCAGGCAGGAGUAGUCUGUGCACAAUUAUCUGCACUUGCAGCUGAUUUUAUCCAUGGAUGGAUUCUGCAGCUUUUCGGAGUGAUACAGGAGGCCUGGCAGUGGGUUUCGGGGUGCUGCAGAUUUGGGGAUUCCAGCUCAAAACUCCUUCCUGCAGGGUGUAAUGAGGGUGGUCAGAAUGAUGUUGUCUUGCUUCAAGUCAAGGACUCAUCAGCCAAGAGAGAAAACGCUACCAAAUUAAAUAUGAAAACCAGAAUAACUUAAUUUUGGGAAUCCCAUUCAGACCUCCAGUGAGCAAGUCCUGUAGGAGUGUUACAGUAUAAUAUAUUAAAAGUAAUGAUUUAGUUAUAUAUAGCAUAUUAGAUAUAUAAUACAUUAAAUACUGUGUUCUCCUGUUUUCCAUCUGUCAGCCAGUUAAAGCUGUGAGGCUGUCAGGCUGAGCGAGCUUGAAGAUAUUUUUGAGCCUUCUUUUGAAGGUUGUUCUGAAGGUGUCUGGCUCUGUAGUUGGAGUUUUAAAAAUGCACAAUGAAAUUUAGGCUCUUUAAUGAGCACAAGGUAUUGCUGAUAAUGCAGGUGACUGCAGGUGGAGGGUGCUCAGCUAAAGCCACUCAGUCAGCCCAGUUCUUCAGACAGAGCUCCAAACUCCUGACCUUUGGUUUACAGCUGUGUAUUUAACCUUCUGUAACUGGAAUUCACCUGGAAUUACUGUAACCUCCUCUAAGAGGAAUUUACCUAUUUCCUGAAAAGGUGUUAAAGGAAGAACUUUCAGCUGGCCCUCUGUUUCACAGCACAUUCCAAGGCCUUAAAACUCAAAGCUUGCUGCCAGCUGACCCUAUUGCUGAGGCUGUGAUCCUGGAGCUCUUCUCCAGGGAAUGCUCCUCUUGUGCCAGCUCCUGCUCAGGUGGUGGUACCCAAGUACAGACCUCAGAGUUCAUUUUGGAGUCCCCACAGCAUGGGCUGAACUGCUGCUGGUCAGGGCUGCUUGCUCAACAGCGAGGACAGAUUUGCCCUUGCUCUGUUGUGGUUUUAUGCAGUUUAAGCAUAAAAUUUUGCCCUAGUAAAGCUGCAGCCUCUUGACUGUGCAUUGAAGGGGUUGACUGAUGAAAUGGGGAAAAACCAGGUGCCCAUAAAAGCACUGUGGGACCUCUCUAAACUUGCUUUGAUUUUGUUUCCUCCAGUCACCGGUUUUAAUUUUCUCCUUCCCACUUAAGAGCUUUUCUCUUUCUCUUUUUUUUUUUCUUCUUCCUUUUUUGUUUUUCAGCUUGGGAGUUUAUUGUGCUGAAGGCUUUUAUUUAGCUAGGCACAUGAUGAAAUGACAGCAUCAUCUCUCAGUGAAGUGCAUGAAUAUUUCUAGCAUAAUGCCCAGAGUGUCAUCAAGGACACUCUCUGCAUUUCACGUGCCUGUUUUGGUCAGCAGUUCAGUGCUGAGUAAGCAGAGCACAAAGCACAGGGGGCAGCCAGGUUGGUGAGCUAUGAACACCUCCAGAAACUGGGAGAAAUUUCUCCAAAUUUCUGGUGGUGAAUGCUUUGUGAGAGCAGCAGGGAUUUGAGGAGUGAGCUUUAGGAGAGGGCCGUGGGCACAGCAAACUUCACAUCUGGUUUGGUGGUUCUGUUGCAACAGCUGGGCUUUCACAAUACUUACUGGAAGGCAUUAUUUUCUCCUUGCAUUGUCUAAACACUCUGAGCACCAAAACAAUGUGAUUUAUGAAACUCAAUGAAUAUAAAGCUCAUUCUCUAUUAGGUCUUAAUCAUAUGUGGUUGUGAAUCAGCAAUGAAGUAGCAGCUGCUGUGAAGAUUAUCUAAUUUCUUUCCUUGUUAGUAUUUAAAACUCUCCAGGCUUAGUGAGCUUCCCACUUACUCGGCCUCCACCUUCAUUCAAAUUAUCCUUCAUUUCUGUUCAUUCUCAUCUGUUCCACAGGCUGUGUGACACAUUCUUCCCUUUACUGGUGGAGGAGUGCAGGAUUUUCUCCUGGCUGUUUGGGACUAGCAGGAAAGCCCCUGGUGCCCUUUCAAUUUUGCAAACAAACCUUGAGUAGGAGCACAAAGCUGAAGGAAUUAGGCCUUCUCCUCCUUCAUCCUGGGCUCUCACAGAGGGACCUGCUCUGUAGCCUAAAAGUAUUUUUCAUACUCAUGUGGCUGAUUUCAGUUUACCCUUUAAAAUGAAGAUUAAAAUGAAUAAGUUAAACUAGCCCUGCUGUGAGACUUGUAUUAAUUUUCUGGCAGGCUGGUACUUAAAUGUCAGAAAGCUCCUGGGACAGGCCUGCAAUCCAAAUGCAUGUUUGUGGUGCCAUAAAACAGCAAGAGCUGGCUUUGUGAGGAAGGAGCACUGAGCUGUGCACUUACUCUUGGUGAUGCAAAGUCUCUUUCUUCUCUGCCUCUCAAGGAGCAUCUGAGCUGCAACCAUCCAGCCAUGAAAAUGGCCUGCUCAGUGCUGGGCUCUUCAUGACACAGAUCCUUUGUGAAGUCAUUUGUUUUACCAAAGACAUGGUUUUGAUGUGAUUCAGUGUAAAUGCAGUCUGGGCUUCUUUUGGCUUUAAUUACUGAGAACUUGUUGCUCCCAGUGAGCUGUGCUCAAUCUGCUUUUGAGCAGGAAACUCAUUAGUGUGAGCGCCAAGGGUGGUGAGGCACAGGGCACUGAUAGCAGAGCAGGGAUGCUCCCACUCACACACUCUGAAAUCUCCGGAUGUCUCCUGGGCUGCAGGAGAAAUGGAAGCUGCUAAAAAGUAAGCUUAAAUACAAGGAGUAGCUUUCUUAAUCCCCCAGUGCUUGCAUUUUACCUAGUGAAGCCCAAGCACAGUUCAUAUCUGUUUGUUGUCUCGCCUUAAGGAAUGAAAACAAUACAGCUUUAAAAUAUGUCUUGGAAAAACAAAGCUGACAGGUAUGGCUUCCUGUUGUAAACAGGAUUUGGGAUCUGGAUUUCUUGUGCAAAUUUCCUUUGACAGUUGUUUUUAAGCUAGUGCUCCCAAAAACCAAUAAAUGAUUUUUUUGUCCUUGUUAUAUUAAUAACUCAACCUCUUGACAAAUGUGGUCAUACUGAGGCCUGUAAAGGACAUUAGAAAGGGACAUCAUAUUAAAAUAAAAUUUGAGUGAGAAAUAGGAAACCGAAUUCUAUUAGGCCCUAAUUUUAUACAGUAAUUAAAAAUCCUUGACCUCCCCCAUCCCACUCAUCUGCUGGCAGUGUGGAUGGCUAAAGAGCAGCAGAGGGCAUCAGCCCUGCUGCUAAUUUUAGCCCAGUGCCUGGGGUGUGUGCCUGUGUGUGCAUGCAGCAUCUGCAGGGCCAUGAAUGCAGCUCCAGCAGAAACAAAUCCACACUGCUGGGCCCCUUGGAGGAGGGGGAGCUUUGGCAGCACCUUUGAGCAUUCCUGAAGCAGGACUUGGUGAUCCUGGAGGCGAUGAGAACAAGAUCACAGCAUGAGAUGAACUUGGGGUGCUGUGUUGGUGGAAACAUCUGAAUGUUGGUUGAACUCUGGCUGUGUGGGGGGCUCAGAGUGCAGCCCUGUCCCUGAGAGGGAUGGGGGAGAAACACUCUGAGAUUUUAGAAGCUCUCAGUUUACCCUUCAAGAGGCCAGCUGGACAAUUCACCUGCUGUGGCAGAAAUGCAGGAACCAAGAGGACAAAGUGGAGAGGAGCUUCCAAGUGGCCAAAUGGCAGCUGCACCACUGGCCACUGGCAGGCCCUGUAUGGGGGUUUAAGGCCCAACUUUAAGGGUUUAAAAGGAGAUUGUGAGGGCUGUUUGUUGUAGAAUUUGAGUGCUGAGUGGGGCCAUGGGUGGCCAAGGAAAUGCCUUACAGGACUGUUAGUGGCCCAGCAGCCGGGGUGGACAAGGCUGCUCUGUGCCUGAAGCCACAUCUGACAGCACAAGGCCAGCAUCCCUUGCAUUCAGUACCUGCUAAAGAACUUGCACACUUCCAGCUGCAGGCACAUCUUUGUCCUCCUGGGUGUCUGCACGUAGCCCAGUGCAGGUGGGAGGAGGGGGAAAACUCUUGGCAAGCCAGCAGAAAGGUCAGUGUUCUCUAAUCUGGAGCUGUGACUUAACAAGCUUUCUUCUUUCCAUUCAUAAGACAGGACAUGUAGGGAUUACCAUUGCUAUACAUAGCUGUGUGCUGUCCUGCUGGGAGCACUGCAGAGCUGUGUCACCCUCAGGGCUGGGGAUUCCACUGCUGCUUGUCCAGUGCUCAGCGUCUGCAGAAUUUCAGUGGGACCCUGGCAGGACCAGAAGAGGACAGCUCUGAAGCUGGAAGCACACAAACAUUGGGUUUCCUCAGUGGGAGGAAGAAUAAAUGUGUGGGCUGGCUACUGCUUCCCAGGGCAGGAGUCAAAAUGUAGCUCUGAAGAUAAUUUGUUGGGUAUUUUCCUGAACACAAGGGGUUUUGUGGGCUUUUUCAAGUGCAUGUUCAGCUGGUCAGGGAUUUGGCAGCAGUGUUGGAUUGUGUGAGCCCAUGUGUGCACACGGAGAUAAGGCGCCAAGGCGUAAUCCAGAAUUCCUCUGCUUGAUAGCCCCUUAUCUCUGGGCAUGGGGCCUGUGUGUUUUUGCUCUUGAUGGGUCCCCUCGAGGUUCUGGCUCUGUAAACACAGUUGCUGUUUUUAAUGACCUGGGAGUGUUCUGCUUUGGCUUUAUUGGUUCCUGAAAUAAAAAAACUGGGAAGCACCCAAAAAUGAGCUCCUGGUCAGGCACCCAAACCUUCUAUAGCUUGUCAGAGCAGUGGCUGGUGCUGGCAAACAGGCAUGUUUGGACUUUCUGUUGGAAUUACAGCCUGCUCCAUGGAACCCAUGAACAUUUUAAUAUUGGGUAUUUCAAUUGCAAAUUGCCAGGUCACACAUGGGUAAGGCUGCAUAGCAUAACUCAGCGUUUGUAGAGAUGUUGGUAUUCUUAGUAUUUAGGUUGCUUUCAGCAAGAAACACACUAUGUAAACCACUUAAAAUCCUUUGAAUUCCAUGGAGCAAAGCAAGAAGUGUGUUCUGGGUGAAGCUGCUUAGCACAGCAGAGGUGACCUGACAUUUUUUUGCCAUCACAGUUAGCAGUCACCGGAGUGACCCAGUGCAGCCUGUUGUGCAAGUGUGAGCUGGCUGCAUGAGAAAAGCACUCAGACUAGAGCAAAUACAUGUGUGUGUGCAUAUUUAUAAGUGCAGAGUGCUCAAAAAGUGUCAAAUUUUGCUGCAUUCUCCAAGGACUGCACUAGUGACUCUCAGAACAUGCUGAGGGUGCUGUGUUGCUGUGAAAUGUUAGGUUGGGCCUCCAAACUGUUUCAGGUACUGUGGGUUAGUGAGAAUUCUUUCCAUACACCCCGUUUUGGGAUUUGAGGGAGAGUGUCUGGCUCAGCAUCAGGGAUUCCUCCAAGGUGACAGCUCCGCUGAGGGCAGAAAUUAUUUACAAGUGUAGCUAAAAAUGAAGUUUCCUGUUGGCAGAGUGGGGAUGAGUCAUUGUGGUUCUGAGUCAAGGGGAGGGAUCUUCCCCUCGCUGCAGCAGGGUUUUACUUCCAGAUCUGCUCUCUCUUCAGGUGUUUGGUACUCUUGUCCCUGUUCCUGAGAAAACAAGGGGAUAUUGAGAAGGUGUGACAACCUCACUGAGUCUCCACCAUGGAGUUAGGAGUUAGGAUCUGGCCGUGGCUGUCUCAGUCCAUCCUGUUCCUCACACCAAGCAUCCUUUAGCAGAACUGUGUGCUUUUUUUGUACCAGUGCCCCCUGGCAUGAGCUGUGUUUUCCCUCUGCUUGCCAUACACGGCGUCUCUCUGUCUCCAUCCAGCCAGGUCUCCCCUGGGAGGGGAGGAAGGUUGUGAAUGUUACCAACUGCUUUAGAGCCAGGAGGUUUGCAGUUACUUCCUCAUUUCAUGAAGGGUUUUUUUAUUAAAUUUUAGAUGCUAGAUUAGACUGGAGAGCUGUGUAAAUGUGAAAGUGUUAAACGUUCCUGUGCUAUUCUUGCUGAAAAGCAGCAAACCAGUAAUAAUUUUAAAACUGAAGUGCUGGUGGAGGGUGUUGAAGCUGUGCCAGGAAAGUUCUCCAGUUGCACCUUAAUGGCUGUGGAUUUGUAGGAGGCAGUCUCUAGCAAUACUGAAGGUGUUAGUCCUGUGGGAGUGCUUUUCUCCCUUGUGUUUGCAGAAAGGGACACUAAUUUUCCAUCCUCCUACCUGUUUGAGUUCUGAGCUUUUCUUCCUUUUAAGAGUGCCUGAACAGUGCAGCAGAGAGUCUGCUCUGCUGCAGCUUGAGGUUUGAUUUUUGUUAUUUAUUUUUUUUGCCAGAAACUGGUCUUGUCAAACCAGAGUCUUGUAACUUUUGUCUUCUUGUGCUGUUUCUACAUUGACUUCCAUGGCAGCACUGCCCAUUAGUUGAGUUCCUGUCUCACUUGGGAAGAAAACCUUGGACUUGAGCACACAUGGCUUGUGCUAAAAGUGUAGCAUAAUGCAUGCUGAAACAAAGGCAGAAAAUACAGACUCUGACAGUUGUAGUGUCAGCUUUUUGCUGGUGGAGUGCAUUGUUCCUAUAGAAAUUGUAGUCAGAGUUGCACAAUUCAUUUGUAAAUCUCUACCAACAAAGAAAGACUUGACUUGGACAAUAGCAAUGCAUCUUACUUUGGCAAAGUCUAUUUUUUUUUUGCUUGAAUGUAAUAUCCUAUUACUGUUACACUAACUCACGUGAGCCCUACUAUUAUUCUUGCAUCUUCCAUUCUGGAACUUCACAUGGGUGCCAGAUACUUUUUGCUUCCUCUAAUAACCCUCUCUAUUGUUUCUCAGAGAGAUCUGUCAGUUUUAUUGAGCUGCAGCCACAGACUCUCAGUCUGCUGACUCCUGGAGCUGCAGACAGCUGUUCUGAAUAGAGAAUGCACACUGAUGUUUGGUCUUCAUACAGAUGUACCUGUAUCUGAGCUUAAAUUGAUAGAAAAUUAUUUAUUCCCCUGCCUUGAUGGGAGGAUCUUUUUGGGACAUUCUUGUCAGAUUUUAAAGGAGUAUUUGGAAGCUUUUUAGGUAUUUAACUUAUAGGUAGGUGUUGUUCUGUGUGGCAGAUAAUUAAUGGUCUUGUUGAUGAAGUUGGUAAAAAUAAGUAUGUCAAGGGUCCUAGAGGGGGAGACAAGUUCUUGGCCUUUUAAGAAACUUUAAACUCUUAAUUAAGCACUCUUGCAACAAAAACAGAAAUCCAGAAGCCUGCCAUGCAUCCUAAGAGCUCAUAGAUCUGUUGCAGUUCAUAAACUCGGAGGCCAUGAACUAAUGCUGUUCACUCUUCGUGGUGUUGUGCAUUUUGCAGAAGGCGUUUUAUCUCCCAGCGCUGCUCUCUAGACUUUUUAGAAGACAUAGUGGAGUAUGCCAGUGUCCGAAGAACCAAGCAUAUAUCUGGGUCUCCAAGACACAAAAGUUUGAAGAAGAUGCACUUCAUCAAGAACAUGAGGCAGUAUGACACCAAGAACAGCAGAAUAGUGCUGAUCUGUGCCAAACGAACCCUGUGUGUGGCGUUUUCCAUCCUGCCUUACGGGGAGGGGCUGCGGAUCAGUGAUCUGAAAAUGGAAGGACAGAAGCAGCGACAUCCUUCUGGAGGAGUUUCAGUAUCUAAUGAGAUGGUGCUUGGACUGGAAGGAGUAGAGCUGGGUGCUGAUGGCAAGGUUGUGUCCUAUGCAAAAUUCCUGUACCCGACCAACGCUCUGGUUGUGCGCAAAGCCGACGCCUACGGUGCUGUUCCCCCCUGUCGAGCCAGUGCUCCCCGCAGUCUUCCUGGGUCCAGAUACAAACCUGUGACAGCAAAAACAAUACCAGCAGGGACAGACAUGGGAAGUGAAGCUGGAGAAGCUGCAGAGUAUGAUCCAAAUCUUCUGGAUGAUCCUCAGUGGCCCUGUGGAAAACAUAAACGUGUUCUCAUCUUUGCCUCAUACAUGACUACAGUCAUAGAGUAUGUGAAACCCUCAGACCUUAAAAAGGAUAUGAAUGAAACCUUUAGAGAGAAGUUUCCUCAUAUCAAGUUGACACUGAGCAAAAUUAGGAGUUUAAAGAGAGAGAUGAGAAACCUGAGUGAGGAGUGCAGUCUGGAGCCGGUGACUGUCUCCAUGGCUUACGUUUACUUUGAGAAGCUCGUGCUCCAAGGCAAGCUCAACAAACAGAACCGCAAACUGUGCGCUGGUGCUUGUGUUCUGCUCGCAGCCAAGAUCAGCAGUGACCUCAGGAAACACGAAGUGAAACACCUAAUAGAUAAACUAGAAGAGAGAUUCAGAUUCAACAGAAGGGAUCUCAUUGGUUUCGAAUUCACCGUCCUCGUGGCUUUGGAACUGGCUCUGUAUCUCCCUGAAAACCAAGUUUUACCUCAUUACAGACGGCUCACACAACAAUCUUAACCAAAGCUCCCUCCCAGCCAGCAUCCAGCUGUGCUGGGAUCCCACCCCAGGAUGCUGCCUGUGGAGCUGCCACUGGCUCAGCUCUCUGGGAAGGCUGCAGGGUGAUGGGAACUGCCGAGGUCUGUGGACACAGAUGCCAAAUCUGGGGCAUGGUACGAGAAGAGUUAUUGAACUUUUGUUUUCUUUCGGACAUUUAAAGCACAAAUAUUCACCAGUCAGCUGUCAUGGCUGCUUAUUAUUCCUUAUUUAUCUUCCUGGUUUUACUAAAACUGUUCUUCCCUAUGAAGAAUACUAUGGUAUUGGUUCUUUUUAUUUUAUUUUGUUUUAAGCCUUUAUUGUAUUCCUUGAGACUGAAGGAACAUCACUUCCAUUCCAGUGCACCAUAAAGUUCAGAUGUUUCUAAGAACCUUCUCACAUUUUUACAUUAAUGAAAUGCAUACUUUAUUUUUUUAAAGAUGUGCCUAAAACUGGCUGGUCUGGAACCAGUGCUUUUUAAGUUAGUUCUGUUAUUUAGUGGGGAAUCCUCAAUUUGUAUAGCCAUUUAUUCUUUACCUGCAUUGGCCUUGCAUACAAGGAAAACAAUUCCAGUUAUAUCUGCACUAAUAAUAUACAGGGCAUCUAUUCUAUGAUCUAUAAGUAGCAAGACUGAAAUUACUCCAUUUCAAUUUAUUUACUAUGAAUAACUUUAAAAUAUACAUUUUGUUUUAGAAGGAAAAUUGGUUUGAAAACCUGUCAUGAAGUACCACACAUUGAGUGAGGUAGCUGGGAAGUGAUUGCCGUCCUAAUUCACUCUUGAGUGGAAGAUGAGCACUUGACUAAGAGCAAUUUGCUGUCAAAUGUAUAAUUUAGGGGUUUUAUUUGUUUCUCUGUUCUGUAGCCUGAAAUAAGCACCUUUUUUUAGGAUUGACUGUAUUAUAGAUGGUCUUAUCUGAGCAAAUAUGAAGCCAGUAGAGUUACUGCUGCCAACCGAGGCCAGUGAAACAAAGCAUGCUCGGUAUUUAAAAUGCUACAUUUUUUACUCUCUGUUCUUCCAAGCGUUGCAUCACUGUGAUGGUCCUCAUAAAACUGGCAUUUCUUGCACAUCUGAGCAGCCACUACUGGCUGGUGCCCUGCAGCUCUCUAGAGUUCAAAUAACUUCUCUGCCCGUUGGCUUAUUCCUUCCUUUAUUUUUACAGUAUCGAGGUUGCGAAUGAAUUCUUGAUUACACCUCCAACCUUCUGUGGUAUUGGCUCUUGGGUUUAUUUUCUGAAGCAAUAUUAUUGAUACAAGUUACUGGGUCCCUUUGCAAGGAACAAAACUGAUACUUGGUUAUUCUAAUGAGAAAGUUGUAAUUUAAGGUUGACUCAUAAACUGCCAGACCUCGUGCUGAGGUCAGGGACUUGCUAUCCAAUAUGUAAGUAAUGUAAAUUCCUGUUCCUUGUAUUAAAUAUUGGUUGUAGCCAAAACCAAAGCUGAAUCCUUGCUCUUCAGCUGUGUUUUGUCUGAAGCUAAUUUGGCUUCAUUAGAAUUGCAGCAAACUUUACUGGAGCCCCUUUCUCUCUAAGUGGGGCCCAAAGUGUAUUUUUCAUAUAUAAUAAUUACAGUGACUAUCAAACCUUUUUUAACUGUGUUCAACUGUAUGUAGCUUCAAAUUAUUUGUGUAAAAUUUAAUAUGCUUGUGAUUUCUCUAACACAGAAGGACUUUCCAGUCUCCAGAAGUAUAAUGUAGCUAAUAGCUUAGACAAUAAGCUUGCCAGUUAUCUUCCAAAAGGUUUAAAAAUUUGCCUACUAGUUAAACUUUCUACUGAAUAUAACUGUCCUUGCAUGCAGAAAUAGUGAUGUACUAAACAUCUAGUGUGUAAUGAGCCUCCAAAUUAGCAAACAAGUGGUGCAGACAGCUGAGGUGCUCCACCACUUCCCAAGGCAUUGUGGAGGAGCCAGAGGUACAACAGAGCAAAGAAAUUUCUCAAAGAACAGCUUGAUUAGUAUGAAUGAAAUCUGAACGUGUCUUUCUCUGGGAACUUUUUUAUUUAGUGUAUAAAGAGUUUUCUGUAACAAAAUUAACUUUCUGAGGGAACAAAACGCACUUUGGUUUGCAACACUUUGCAGUCUGUAUUCAGUGGAAGUUUGUCUAGUUCAAGUGGCCAUUUGGGCUGAAAUUACACUCCCAGAACCCGUGGGUUUACGUCAUAAAACCAGCAAGCUUUUGUUUUCUUCCAGGAGAACAAAUUGGGAUAAAGGAGCAUUAAAUUACAGAAAGCUGAACGUUGUCUGACAGUUAUUCUAGCCCUUGGCUCGGGCACACACUCGAGUUGGGAAGCCAAGGAUGACGCAGGGCAGCGAGGGCUGUGCCAGCUGUGUCUGGCAGAGCUGGGGCUUGGGGUGAUGCUACCCAGAGCCUGAGGCUUGUGCAGGAACGUGUGUGUGUGCAGGAAUCUCUGUGUGUGCAGGGACAGCAGGGACCGCCAGCCCUUCCACAGGGAUCCUCCCACAGCUCCGCCUGCUCUGCCCGCCGGGCUCGCCCUUCCCAGAGCGCAGCUCGCAGCCCUGUGCUGGAAUCUCUCUUUUUUCACCUAAAAGCUGCCACCGUGUGGCAAAGGACUCUCAGUACCUUGUGUGUUCACAAACUCAGCGCGGGACCCAGAGCCAGACCUGCCGGUUCACGUUUGCACAGCCAAACUCCUCCUGGCUCUGAAGAGAAACAGCUUUACACCCAGAGAGGCUCGGUGCUUUGUGAAGGUGCUGCUGGGGUGGCUCAGCACGGAGAACUCUCUUGAGAAGAGCCUGUACAUUUCCUGUAAACAAAAACCCUUCUAGUUUUGUCAUAUUCCAUUAUUUAAAAGUCUCAGUUGUAGCCUGUUUGUUUUAUUUUGGGGUUUUUUGUUUGUUUUUUUUCUUCUGUGAAAUUAAGAUGCUGUGAAAUAAAACCUGUUUUUGGUA